UUUCAGUGGCUGGACAGACAGCAACCCAAGUCUGUACUCUUUGGGAUUUGGAAGCGAGUAUAAGAUGCCAAUUGAACAAGUCCAUGAAUUGCCCUAUGGAAUUGAGCUCUCUGAGUUGCCAUUUAUAUGGAUUCUCAGGAAGCCAGAAGGAAUAGACAGCUCACACUUACAUCCUUCUGGCUUUUUAGCACGGACAUCUAAUCAAGGUGUUGUUUGUCUUGGUUGGUCACCUCAGCUGGAGAUACUAGCUCAUCCUGCUAUUGUAGGUUGCCUCUUCCAUUCUGGAUGGGGUGCUAUUAUUGAGUCACUUGGGUUGGGCAACCACAAAUUCUGAUGUCCAUGACAGCUGAGCAAGGUCUGAAUGCUAAGCUAUUAGUUGAGAAAGGAAUAGGGUUUGAGGUGCCAAGAAAUGAAGAUGGAUCAUUCAAUCGAGAAGAGGUAGCAAAAUCAGUGAGGCUGGUGAUGAUCAAUCCAGAAGGGCAGCAACUACGAAUGCAGGCAGCUCAGAUUCAAACAAUUUUUUCUAACCACAAUCUACACAAUAACUACAUAAACAAGUUUAUUGAGUUUUUGCAGAAACUCAAGAAAAAGGAUUGUCAACU